AUGCCAUACGUUUUGGUGCGUGGGAAUUUGGCGUCCUACAGUCACAAAUACCCAUGGAGAGUCUUGGUUUCCGGACUCAAAGCGGCGGAUAUCGAACAAUUGAAUAGAUUUCCUUGUGGUGGCUAUAGUGACGAGUCGACUAUUGUGUACUUGCAGCAUCCCUGUGUAAUUUUAACAGCUCUUGAGGUCUUAGGCUAUAGAGUUGUGGCGUCAUCUUCGACGGCCGUAAAACAAGACUAUAACGAGUAUAUGUGGACUAUGCGAAAGGAAUUCUCAGAGCCAGAACCCUUUACGGAUACCACUGUGGGUGAGAGGGACAAUAUUGCCAAUUUUGGCCGAGAAUCCCUUUCUGGUGUGCACAAAGUGGAUGUGCCUGAAUAAAUUUGCAUUGAUAAUCU